AUGUGCCACCGUAUCGUUGAGACGUGCGCACGAGGUCACGAUUCAUCUAAACUCACGAUCCGCGUCCCUUGUUACGAAUGGCAGCAAGGAAGUGACACGGCAAGUUGCAGUCAUACUGCCGCAGGAGGAUCUCGAGAGGCUGAGGUCCGGAAAAUACAGUCUAGGGUUUGUGAAGAGUGUGUGAGGGAGAUUUUCUACGAACUCCAAAACGCAAAAGUGGACGAAUCAUGGAAAGACAAGAAAGAACAGAAAGAAAAACAAACCAAGACAAGUAUUAGUGCUCCUAGCGAGACUAGAAACCCAUCAAGCAUCAUCAAAUCUCCUCGCCAACAGGAUCCGAAGAGCAUUACAGACACAGAACCAGAAAGUAUCCAAGAUACACCAAAGAAAAAACAAACCAAAGGGAAGGGCGGAACUACUGACGCUGGAAAACUGGGCGAUGCUGAGACCUCUGGACUACUGAAUCUUCAGCCUAGCUCAACCUCUGAGAUUGGGGGUGGUCAAAAGCCGGAGCUUAGGAGAUCACCGCGUAAAAAGCAGCGAUGA